GGAUACGGAUGAGGGGUCCCAUGGGGUUCGAGCACCUGUCAUUGAAAGAGUAGCGUGUUCGUCAGGAGGCAAAUUAAAGCGAAGUCUUCCUGAAAUGCUGCCGGGAAAGGGAAAGGUACCUGCUACCCCAGAAACCCGUAUGCCUGUGUUUGCCUGAAGCAAAGGAAAAGCAGUUCGGUAGCAUGUAUCGUGGUGUUGACGUAUGUGCAUGUGUCCGUCUUCCCAGCAAAGUAAUCCACUCUUAUUUUCCCUUACAGAGUCAACUGUUCAUUUUAUUUCAAAAUUGGAGCAUGUCGUCAUGGAGACAGAUGCUCUCGGUUGCACAAUAAACCGACCUUUAGCCAGACCAUCUUGAUUCAAAACAUCUAUCGUAAUCCCCAAAACAGUGCACAGACGGCUGACGGCUCACACUACCAUUGCCCUCUUGAACAUUUACCGUAACCCUCAAAACUCUUCCCAGUCUGCUGACGGUUUGCGCUGCGCUGUGAGUGACGUCGAGAUGCAGGAACACUAUGACGAAUUUUUUGAGGAGGUUUUUACAGAAAUGGAGGAGAAGUACGGUGAAGUUGAGGAGAUGAAUGUCUGCGAUAACCUUGGAGACCACCUAGUCGGGAACGUGUACGUCAAGUUCCGGCGUGAGGAAGACGCGGAAAAGGCCGUGAUCGACCUGAACAACCGCUGGUUUAACGGGCAGCCCAUCCACGCGGAGCUCUCCCCGGUGACCGACUUCCGAGAGGCGUGCUGCCGCCAGUACGAGAUGGGGGAGUGCACGCGAGGCGGCUUCUGCAACUUCAUGCACCUGAAGCCCAUUUCCAGAGAGCUGCGGCGGGAGCUGUACGGACGUCGGCGCAAGAAGCAUAGAUCGAGGUCCCGGUCCCGGGAGCGUCGCUCUCGGUCUAGAGACCGUGGCCGCGGCGGCGGCGGCGGCGGCGGCGGUGGCGGCGGGGGACGGGAGCGCGACAGGAGGCGGUCGAGGGACCGUGAGAGAUCCGGGCGAUUCUGAGCCGUGCCGUUUUUACCGUAUGUCUGCUAGACAGUGUUGUAGUUGACUGACCAAACCAGUUCAUAACGGGAAUUUUUUUUAAAAAACAACAAAAAAAAACAAAGAUGGGUUUCUGAAUAAAAUUUGUAGUGAUACAGUA